AUGACGGUCUUAUCCUCCGAACGCGAACCCCUCCUUCGCGAACCCAGUUCCCGGUCUAGCAGCACCCCGCGCAAAGAAUCUGACUUUUGUUCGUCAUCUCUCCAACCAGCUGGUCCUCUUGAUAUUUCCGCCCCCUCUCGUCGGGGCAUCCUGGCGGGCAUCUGGCUAGCCCAGUUUCUUUCUGCCCUUAACUUGCUUCCUGCUAUAUCAUCAGACUUCAACAAAUCUAACGAAGCGAGCUGGGUGGGCACUUCCUACCUACUGGCAACAUGCACGUUUACCCCCCUUUAUGGUCGCUUAAGCGACGUUAUGGGGAGGAGAAGGGCCAACGAAUUAGCAAUUUUCUUUGCGGCCGUUGGCAUCCUCGCCUGUGGUUUGUCGAAUAGUAUGCAGAUGCUUAUUAUCUCCCGAUUUGUUUCUGGCCUUGGAGGUGGCGGUAUAUUUACAACCUCUGCAAUAAUCACAAGUGACAUGUAUAACAUGCGUUCUCGAGGUUUCAUACAAAGUAUAGGUGGAAUGUUUUAUGGUCUCGGAAUGGGGCUGGGUGGCCCCCUAGGAGGCUUGAUUACAGAUUGGCUAGGCUGGCGGUGGGCCUUCCUGAUCCAAAUUCCCCUCUUUGCCGUCUCCUUCAGUCUGACGGCGUACAAUCUCAAUUAUGUGGUAUCUGAACGUCGCCGAAGCACUCUGGAAAUUCUGAAGCGAAUUGACUAUGGGGGAACCUUGGCGUUGCUCAUAUCUGUCGGUUCGAUGCUCUUCUUUUUGAGUAUGCGGUACAACGAAAGCCUUCCCUGGUCUGACGCUGCUGUUUGGGUGUCCUUGCUGGCAUCCUGCGUGGCCGCCGUUCUUUUCAUCAUCAUCGAGGUCUACGUGGCUGUAGAACCAGUGUUGCCGCCUGUCUUCUUGACAAAAAAGGUCCCGGUUCUCGUGGGCUGCAGCAACGCUCUUGUCGCCGUUUGUAACCUCUCAGUAACUUACUUUUUUCCGACGUGGUUCCAAACGGUCAUGUUAUCGUCAGCAUCAACGGCAGGUAAUACUUCUAUUGCGAUCAACCCGAUGUUUUGCAUCUUAUUCAUGACUUGUACAGGAUUGCAUUUACUCCCAAAUAGUUUCUUUAUUUCAACAGGGUCUUUCUUCGCCGGGUGGAUGAUGCGGCGAACUGGGAGGUAUAAAGCCAUGAGCAUGACUUUUGGUUGCCUGCCUUUCCUCGCCGCCAUCUUAAUGACACAGAUGCGAGAAGAUUCUAGUUCUGCCCAUUUGUGGCUUAGCAUCAUUCCUCUUGGGUUUGGAAACGCGGUCGUCUUACAAACGAUGUUCAUUGCACUUGUAUCCCACCUUCCCGAAUCUCAACUGGCGGUUGGCACAGGUUUCGCGCAGCUUCUUCGAGGCCUCGGUCAAGUGGGAGGUCUAGCUGCCUCAUCCGCAGUAUUUCAAUCACGACUGGAGUCCGAAUUACGUGCCCGUCUGCACGCCCCCAACUCCGAAAUCCUUAUACAACAAAUACGCCAAUCCGCAAAACUGGUCGCUAAUCUUCCGCCCGACAUUCAGCGGAUUGCGCGAGACUCUUACGCUACGAGUUUGAAGUCCGUCUUCGUGCUCGCGGCAUGCGCCUCCUUUCUCGCUUAUCUUGCGCGCGUACCAGUGAGAAGAUCGAUCUACAUAGCAGACGAUCCAUUUCAACUGAGCGCCACAAAAUUUAGAUUCCUGAAAAACGCCUAG